UUCGGGGUUCUAAUGUACCGAUCUUCAAGAUACCCUAGCAUUCCGUUUGCUUCUCUGAAGUGGCUAGCCUCAAAGCGACCACUGCUCUCUGUCUCUUCUGACCCAUUAUACUUUCUCGCUCCAAAAAGACCUGGGAGUUAUCUUCAAGGACCAGCGAUGUCCUCUUCUCAGUGGACAUCUGUGCCACGGGAUUUUCCAUCUUCUGGCUUUAAGUUACUUGACUCGUCCGUACAUAUUGAAGAAGAGACGUUACCUACAUAUCAAGCCCAAAAAUAUUAUCCAAUCCAACAGGGGGAAGUACUCAACAAUCAACAUCAGGCAUCAGCUAAGUUAGGCUACGGAGUCACGUCCACUGUAUGGUUUGGUCGUGACUUGGUUAAUUCCAGCUAUGUUGCUUUGAAAAUAUACGUGACGGGCGAGAAUAGAAAUGAUGAACUGAACAUUUAUAAGCAUUUGAAUUCAGUGGACUGGGAACAUCCCGGGAUAAGUGCGAGUGAGCUGCUGGAGUGGAUCCCUGGCAAAGCAAUGACUCUGGAGGAUAUGAAGGUCUGUACCCGACAGUUACUGGUGGUGUUGGACUUCUUACAUUCUGUAGCUGGUGUGAUCCACACGGAUCUCCAGCUAAAGAACUUGCUUCUUCCCACACCAAAGCCAGAGGCGCUUUCUAACUUCGAGGAAGAGGAGAUAAGAAGACCAUCGGCACGAAAGGUGCUUCAUGACCGUACAAUCUACACGUCCGCCCGCUUCCCUCCUGGAGACGGACUGCCGCUUCUCAGUGAUUUUGGCGAAGCUCGGCUUAGCAACAAGAAGCAUACUGAAGAUAUCAUGCCAAAUCCUUACAGGGCGCCUGAAGUGAUUCUGAGAGCAAGCUGGGAUUAUAAAGUUGAUAUCUGGAAUAUCGCUAUGGUUUAUGCUGAAGGCAUGGGAUAUCGUGAGCUCCUCGACACUCAUCAAAAUCCAGAUGGCAUAUUUGAUGAUCGUGCCCACCUUGCAGAACUGGUUGCACUCCUAGGAUGUCCACCACCUGACUUCCGUGAACGAAGCCAUCUCAGUUCUGUUUUCUGGGACGACUCCGGCACCUGGAAAGAAUUAGCACCGAUUCCUGAUAUCACAUUCGAAUCUUUAGCUGCCAAUAUCAAGGGAGAAGACAAGGACGGGUUCCUACGAUGGAUUCGACGGGCUUUGCAAUGGAACCCUUCUGACCGACCGACAGCUCUGGAGCUCUUGUAUGAUGAGUGGUUGAUGAAGGGACUUGAACAAGGGAAACGAGAGAGAAGCCACUAA